GAGACCUUCUGCGGAGCGACGACCUUUCCCUCGACCCCGGCGUCCCCGCAUCACGUGACCGCGGCCCGGGCGCAGCGCCCCGCCCCGCCCCCCGCCCGUCACUCACGCGGCCCACCCAAUGGAGACGGCGAGGGCGGGCCCGCGAGGGGCGGGUUCUAGGUCGCCGUGCGCCGGAGCUGGUGGCGUCAAUGCGCCCGCCGUGUCCAUGGAGAGAGGCUGAGGUGGCCGAGCUCCGGCCCGAGGCAGCGGGGUGCCGGGACGGCGAGGAUGUCGGCUUCGUUAGUCCGGGCCACCGUCCGGGCUGUGAGCAAGAGGAAGCUGCAGGCCACCCGGGCCGCCCUCACCCUGCAAAAAAAUGAAAAUUGCCUGGGGAAUGACUAAGGAAAUACAGUAUUGAGGAUGGAAAGUUUCUGCUACAAGGAAUAGAAACCCUAUGGCUUUGGAUAAAGUAAAAACACCUUCAGCAGUAAACAAGAUAAAACAGCUUCUUAAAGAUAAGCCUGAACACGUUGGUGUGAAAGUUGGUGUCCGAACCAGGGGUUGUAAUGGCCUUUCCUACACUCUAGAAUAUACAAAGACAAAAGGAGACUCUGAUGAAGAAGUUGUUCAAGAUGGAGUCAGAGUGUUCAUCGAGAAGAAAGCACAGCUGACACUUUUAGGAACAGAAAUGGACUAUGUUGAAGACAAAUUAUCCAGUGAGUUUGUGUUCAAUAACCCAAACAUCAAAGGAACGUGUGGCUGUGGAGAAAGCUUUAAUAUUUGACUCCUCAGGACUGCUUGGGCUGUGGGCCCCGGGAGAGCUUUGGAAGCUCUAGGGCUUAUUGAAGAAAUCAUGUGACUGUCACAUGCUUGAGGUUUGUAAUGUAUGGCUGCCUUACAAGAAAAAUAAAGUGAUGCAUUUGAAAAUGAAGCCAGUGUGUUAGUUUCCAGAAGAAUUGAUACUUGUGUUCUUUAUAGGGGACAGAAAAUGAGAGUCCAUCGCUCUCUUUGGGUCAUCUUUCUGGUCUGUAAAGAAAAAAAUUUUUAUCCUGCAAUUCAUUUCUCCUUCCUGCAUCCUUUCUGUUAGAACUAGUUUCAUGGAAGUUGCCUUCCUGGGAGGAUUUCAGAAAACAUACUCUUAACAGGUGUGCACUGUAGAUCUUUUGAAAGCCUUGAAUGUACAUCUCCCAAUAAGAUUGAUGGCUUUUAAAAUUCAGAGGCAGGAAGUCUUGACUGCUGGUGUGAUGUGGUGGUGCAUUGUUUUUCCACCCAAACUUGGCACAGCGUUUCUCUGUUUUUAUCCAAAAUUUCCUUGUUAAUAAUACCUCAUUUGCUUACCCUGUAGCAUCCCCAGCCAUUAGAUUAAAGUAACGGACAAAGAUUUCCUUGAACUGUAGUGCAGAAUAGUUCGGUAAAUACUUCACCCACCUGAUUUUAAAUCCAUUUCUUUUGCCACCCUAAAUGCUCAGAGAUGGGAUGUCAAACUGACUUAGAUCCUUUUAGUUAGAAGGCCUCUUAAAAGCCAUCUAGCCCACCCCCUCAAUUCUAUACCUGGGGAAGCAAAACCCCAGAGGACUGAAGGGCUUUUGUCCUCCCCUACACUGCAGGCUAGGUAGGGGUAGAGCCAGGACCACCCACAUCUUCUCCUCUUGUAGGUGACAGGCCUCAGAGACAGCUCUGCACUCUGAGACAGUCAGUGAAGGUCAACGGGUGAUCCGGCUUCUUUAUCUGGUGAACAUUUUGAUAAGAUUUCUUUGUAAUUUAGAGAGCAUAUUUAGCUUUAUUUUAUUUUGGGUGAGAAGAACCUUAUUUUAAAGCCCAUUUAUGUGAAUUACCAUUGUGGUUCAGGAGGAGGGGAAAGAAGACUUUGUAACAACCCAGAACUGUUCUUUUGGAAUGCAGUUGUAAUUGGGAAGCAGAACAAGUCCCAAUACCGGUACACUCUGUACCUUAAGUCCAGUUGGUAACAUUUUAAGCCUAACAUUUUAACCUAACAUUUUUAUCACCAACAGUGUUCCUUUAGUCAUUUAGUUUUUUGAUUUUCCUGGGUUUGAUAUAUUAAGUGUUGUGUGAGAUGACAUAUUUGCUUUUUUUGAAAGCCGAUUCUUAUGAAGUAGCUGAGUUCCUUUAUGUUUGUCAUAUUUAAUAAAGUACUUAGCAAAAAAUGCACCAAAACCUAGCAGUAGCUUUAUGUAAAUGCUCAUGAAUUUGUAUUGUUAAUAUAAUUGUCAACCCACUUAUAACUUGUGCAAUACUGUAUAUAUGUAGAGAUUGAGUUGCCAAUAAAAAAAAAGUAGCCUCUUUGUGAUCAUAAAA